AUGUUCCAGGAGAACGAGAAAGAAUGGAUUCUGGAGGCUAUCAAUCAUUUGAAACAUCGAAAAGCCCGGCCCGAUCUUUCCCGCAUCAGCUUGCGGAUGAAGAGGAAAUAUCAGAUGAGUUUUGCGCAAACGAAAAAACUUCUGGAGUCGUUGAUUGAAUGCGGGAUUGUAGUUAAAGCUGUGUAUAAGAAUAAUACGAGUUACAGGGAUGUUUCUCAGUGGAAGAAAGGCCGUCUAGGUGGGCAGAUUUUGAAUUCGAAUAAGAUGUUGAAGAGGUUUAUUCGUGCAAUCGAAGCGACGGAGGAGUCAAAAGGCACGGGUGUUUCUGCUAAAGAUAUCGAAGACUUUCUAGCAAGUCAGGGCGAAGAAAAAUGUUUUCUGUCGGGAGCAGCUCUCAGAGAUGCUUUAGAAAAUGAAAUAAUUAAUGGUUAUUUGAAGAAGUUGUCAGCAGGGACACAGUUUCAUUACACUAUCAACACGGAGAAUAUAAACAGUGCAUCUGAUAUUGUGACACAAGAAGGUGACGAUGUUGAUGAAGAAAACUUGGAUCUCAGGGAGAACUCAAGUCAUUAUGAAGACUCCAGUUUCAGCUUACAUUCAGAGAAUUUAGAAGCAGGCCCAUUACUUACAAAUGUGAUGAAGGCAAUAAAUGAAACAGAACAAUUAGAAAGAAGUGGGUCUUCACUUCUGGAUAUAAAGGAGUACUUACUUAUUAAAGGACAUGAAUUCAGUGACACAGAUGAUUCAUUCUUAUUAGCAUUUCUGGAAAAACAUUCAAGAAAUGGUGUCUUAAAGAAAGUUGUGCAGGAUUCAGUAGUCUUUUAUUCAAUACCAGAAAAGGCGCUAGAUAUAAAUAGAGAAAACUCUAUGGAUUGUACGCCAACUUCAGAUGAUAUACCUCGAGCUUUUGGACUGGUCAGCGUUAAAGAUGAAAUUAAUUCAACAGUAGAUCAUCUUCCUGCACCACCACCUCACCCCAUAGCCAUAAGCUUUGCCCCUGGAGCGUUUCAUGAAUAUCGGAGUUUAUCCUCGGCAGUACCACUCCGCCCACCAUCAAAACGGAAAAGAAUUGUAAAAGAUCAUGGGCCAGAUUUUGAAACGGAAAUACCAACAAGAAUGAAAAAGCAUACAGACAUUAAGGAAUCUGUGUACCCGACUCCAACUGCCUCACCUGCUUCUGAAAAGUCAGAAACAACCAUGGAGCAAAGUUUUAAAAUGGAAGGGACAAAGAAAAGAGGAAGGCCCAAGAAACCAGAGUCACCUAGUGGGGAGCAUGGUCAGGAUGACAAUUCAAAACAAGACGGUCAGUCAGAACAGUCUGACAAUGAGGAUGAUGAUAGCAGUCUUCCCUCGUCCCACCCCGACAUCUUCAGCUGGUCACCUCAACAGGUUGCAGACUACUUCCACAAGAAAGGCUAUGUUGAAGAAGCCAAAAGCAUGCUUGCAAAUGAUUUGGACGGUGCCGCACUUGGACUUCUACGCCGAUCUGAUGUUGUUGGACCCCCUUUAGGUGGAUUGUUAAAAGUUAAGAAAUUAGGCGUGGCUCUCAAACUGUUCCGCGACAUAAGAGAUCUUCUUUAUCAAGGCAACGUGGACAAUUAUAUGGAUCCAUAUGAGGAACGUGCCUUUUUGAGAUCUUGA